CUGGGUAGGGACUGGCUUUGAGAAAGAAUGGAAAGCCUUCCGUACCCGUUGUACGAGAGGAUUCCAGUGAUGAGACCGACGGGAAGUCUAAGAGUCGUGAAAGCGAAGCCCAGAAUCGCGAAGAUUACGAGGAAGGCGUUGACGUCGACGACUGCAUUACUCAAGGAGACUUUCUUUUUCCAAAACAUGAUUCCGACAAUGACCAGAGUGAAGACAUUGGUAUUGGGGAGGAUGGUAGGCCUCGCGUUUCCGGGUGGGAAAAAGAUGGCAUGAUAGAGUUUCCAUCUAGGCCAGUCCAAGACCUUAUCGAAUUGGCACAUACGUGCAGGAUAUGCAGGAUUUUCCAUCUGGCGGUCCUCAAAUACAACAAAGAGUCACCAGAACUUCCAGCCGUGGAAAUCAAUCCUAGCCUGAGAGUGUGGUAUGAAGAAGACGAGAGACUUUGCCAGAUCAACUUCGACUUCUACGACACCGAACAAAACCUUAUCAACCAAAAAACCGGACAUAUCGAACUGCAUCCUGUGUUAGAUCCAGAACCCAGGAUCCUACCAGCUACUGCCUCUACUGGACCUGAAAUCUGGGCAUGGUUACUUGAGUGUAAGAGCACAUGUCUCAAGUCCCAUUCGAAAUGCCGUCAAGAUCAUAAUGAGAAGUUUCUCCCAACACGGCUACUUGAUAUUGGGCCAGAUCAAGGCUCCCGGAUUAAGCUUAUCAGCAACGAUGACAUUCCGCAGAGCUCAGAAACACCUACGCAGUAUCUCAGCUUGAGCCACAAGUGGGGAGACUCGAAAUUUCUCGCCCUUACCUCAUUGAACAUAUCUCAACUUACGGCAGGCAUUGACCUGAAGGAACUGCCUCAAACAUUCCGAGACGCUGUCUUGGUCUCAAGACACCUCGGCCAUCAAUACCUAUGGAUCGACUCCCUCUGCAUCAUUCAAGAUAGUUUUGCUGAUUGGGAACAAGAAGCAUCAACAAUGGGUCAGGUUUACCAGAAUUCAAUCUUUAACAUAGCCGCCUCCGAGUCCGACGUAUCAAGCCAUGGCCUUUUCCGGCAAAAGGAUAAUUCUCUUUGGAAACCUUUCCGAAUAAAAUUCCGCACAAGCCUUAUAGACAAAGACUAUUUUUGUUUCUAUGACCGGUGGAAAGGCUUUGAGGAUGAGACACCCCUCAAUGCGCGUGGUUGGGUGCUUCAAGAACGCUUGUUGAGCCCUCGAACCAUUCAUUUUGCCACACCGGUAUUCUGGGAAUGCAGAGAAUUGGUUGCAUGUCCCGCAAAGAUGCGCAUCAGCCAUCAAAUCCCUCCCGAGUGGAACGUUAAGAAGAUUUGGCCGAGUUGGUACUCCGAGCAUUUUGACAACACCUGGGCAAUCCUAAAAUUUUGGGAAACUUCUGUGGGGAAGUAUACUAAAUGCUCACUGACGAAGUCGUUUGACAAACUGAUUGCGAUAUCUGGAAUUGCCAGGGUGGUGCAGUCUAUCUUGAAUGAUGACUAUGUCGCUGGUCUUUGGAAGCAUCACCUGAUUCGCGGGUUGAUAUGGCAUGUUCAGCCCAACAAGCCAUUCAUGAUCGCUAAACCGUAUAGAGCUCCUUCGUGGUCAUGGGCAUCUAUUGACGGCCCGAUCGACACAUCCCUCUCACAAAAUGCCUGCAAUCCUCUGGCUACCAUCCUAGCCUGCCAAACAACCGGCUCGAAUGUCGACGUUUUCGGGAACCUCACAGAUGGAUUUAUCGAGCUAACAGCGACACUAAUACACAUGCCAAGGGAAAUUUACGCAGAUCUCGAGGCAGACCCAUAUCUCGAUUUUCGCGUCUCGUUUGAGACUGACCCUAAUCCCUAUAGUGAAGAUAUCUUUCUGCUGCCAAUAUCGACUAUUGGCUUUGACAUUGUAUCACAAAAGCUCUGCAUAUUUUGUCUUGUUGUUUCGCCGACUGGGCAGCGCCGCGGCUCAGCAUGUUAUCAAAGGGUUGGAUCGGCCCUCCUCGACGCCAAUGGAAAUAGAAUGGAUUCAGGGAUAUAUAAUACGAUGAAUCUUCCAACCUGGGUGCCACCACCGUGGCUGAAAGGCGACACGGAGAGGUUGACGUUAGUUUGAAGGCAACGUUAUUCGCACCUUACGGAGGCGCUUCAGAAG